ACUGGCUUCGCAGGCUGACGAAAGGUGAUCGGAAAGCAGGACUUCUGCAGCAGCUUGCGACAACUAGCGGACGCAACCAUGGCCCUGCCGGACACGCGGGCGUGCUGGCCAGUGGCGGCCUCGGUCACGGUCUUUGUCUUCUUUGGCACGAUGCUGGUUCGGUCCGAGGCCAUCAUGUACGUGGGCUUCAUGGACAUGCUACAGGUCAACCGAGAGAAAGCGUCGUGGCCACUCACUGUCGCCAUCAUCAUGUCGCAACUUGCAGGACCCCUGUAUGGAUUGCUCGGCAUAUGGCUCUCGGACAGGAUUCUGAUGGUGGCCGGCGCCCUGCUCUGCGCACUGCCUGUGAUGGCCUGCGCUUUCACCCAGAGCUUCGGACUCGUCGUUUUCCUAUACGGCGUCCUCUUCGGCCUUGGCUUAGCCUGCGUUGACUUGGUGCCGUACACGGUGGUGGUUCGGCACUUUGUUCGCUACCGAGCCACGGUUAUGGGAUCAGUGUUCGUGGUGGCUGCACUGUCGGGAUUCGUAUUCCCGCUGAUGGUUGAGGCGCUGCGGAAUGCGUUCCAAUUCCACUACGUGCUGCUCAUAUUGGGAGCCCUGGAACUGGUCAUGCUCGUGGGCUGCAUCGUCGUAGACCGGGUUCCUCGAAGCGAUGACGGUUCUUCCCGUUCCAGUGGCUGCGCCGAGCCGGCGACCGAGCCACCUGUCGCCUUCGGGUGCACAAACAGUUUGGAGAAGGCUUGUAUCGCGAAGUCCUUCACCAAAGAGAUCGUCCCGUCCCUGGCCGUCACUGGUUCCCACGCAGAAACCGAGGAGCCGUGCGAGACAAAUCCGCUGCUCGGGAAGUUGCAGCCGGUGAAGAGAAAACUGACACGCAACCUGCGUUCACUGGCCUCUUGGGCGUUCUUGCACGUGGCAGUGUCGCGGGCUGUCUCGUUCUUCGUGAUCACCUCAUUCCUGCUGACCGCCGUCGACUUCGGCACGGACAACGGACUCGUCAGCUUCGAGGCAGUCGCCUUAGUCACCGCCUGUGCCGUCGGCGACUUGGUGUCCAAGAUCGGGAUCGGCUUCGUCCUUGACGCCAAGGUGCUGAGUCAUGAAGCGCUGAUACUCUGCGGCUUCGCUAUCCAGGCGGCCUCAUUGGUAGUUACGGUGCUUGUCAAGAAGUAUUGGGUUCUCCUGGUGAGCUGCUUCUUCACCGGGCUCACAGGGGGAAGUCGAAUAUUCGCCUGCACCGUCAUGGUAGCCGAGCUUUUCGACCAACAGUCGCUACCGCUGGGCCUGGGUGUCACAAACUUCGUCGCCGGCAUCGUUUCUCUCGCUCGGCCACCCCUGGUCGGCUACGCACGUGACGUUGGGGGCUCGUACGACCUCCUCUACGUAGCCCUCGCAAUCGUAAAUGGAGUUUUCACGCUCACGUGGACGAUCAGUCUGUGCUGGCGGAGGUUUCAAAGACUCCGGCAGAAGGAGCCACCCACCGGUCUUUCAGAUGAAAACGACCAGGGCGUACCGCAAGGUUGAGAAUCAAGAUAGGAAGCAUCAGGAACGACUGUGAUAGCAUUUUUUAUUUGUUCCGGUGGUGUUAACAAAGCAGGCGCAGUAUUUACUUUUAUAUAAUUGUCUACAAGGCACUUUUGGGACUCUGGCAUUACCAUGUCUAUACAUGCCCUCUGAUGUAAGUGAGUGAGUGAGUGAGCGAAAUAACUUUAUUGAGGUCCAGAGAACCCACCAUAAGUACAACAGAAGGAACAAACAAAAAGAAUCUGAUUUCAAGAGUCACACAAACAACAUCAUCGUCAGCAUGACAAAAUGUAAGGUGCGCUGAAGCAGUAGCGACAUACAAGUUAGUUGUCAGCAGCAACAAAAGAAUAGAACAAAAAGUAAAAAGUCACAGGCCUGCGCGGCACAUGCAGCACAGUCACAGCAUAAGCUGGUGGACUGGCUCAAGAGUAGCUCCAAUUUGGGCACCACGCACAACAGGGUCUUCGCGGCAGUCUGUUCGCCUCAUUUUGAUCUGAACUGUCCGCCCGGCGUCGACGGUGAGCUGCGGCUUGUAAUGCUCUCUGCACAGCAGUCUGCUGAGCCCGAUCAAGCCUUACAACGGCACCUUACAUGUCAGGCGCGCCGCGUUUGCAGGCAUCUUAACUAGAUGGCGCCACCAUACUGGCGGAGGCUCGGCAGCUAGGGAGCGCGUUGAUAGCGAGCCUCGUCUGAAUCGCAUAUCGUCGUCUGCGCCUGCAGACGCAACAUUUGCAGGCAUCUUACCUAGAUGGCGCCACCAUACUGGCGGAGGCUCGAGUCCUCUCCCCCUGCGUUUACCUUUCCGCGGCCCGAUAGCAAGCGCUUGCGUGGCUCAAUGGCAGAGUAUCCGGCUCCCACGCAGCGGGCGCGGGUUCGAUCCCGGCAGGAACCUCAUACUUUGCUCGCGUUUCCGGCGAUAGCUGUUACGCGGCGAACGCCACCAGCGGCGACAUCAUCGCGACCCGAAACGGCUAUUGGAAUGAGCCCAUAACACUUUACGCUGUAAAAGCUAUAUAUAUGAAGAUCCACGCACUGUGGGUAUUAAUGUUAUGCGAAGCAUUUUGCUAGUAACCUGGCCUGUACAGCAUCGUUGGGGUUCUGGAAAGCGUUACAAAUGGACUAACGCAUCUGCGUAAGGCGAGAAAUUGUGUGUGUGUGACACGAGCAUGUGUGUGACGACAGCAGCAAGGCGACGGUGACAAGUUUAGUACUAUGGCGACGGUGAUGGCAUGAUGAUGGCUGGUAAGCCUGAUCAUUAUUUGAUGGUUUAAUAAAUAUGAAAGAAACACGCGGCUCUC